UCUCUCCAAGGCAGACCUCCUGAGCAGACUUCAAUAUGUCUAGAUCCACCUCGACCUUUUCCACCAGUAGUUCAGGCUUUGGUGGAGGCGGUAGUAGGCUGUCUGGUGGAGGCUCUUUUAGAGCUGGUGGAGGCUCUAUUAGAGCUGGUGGAGGCUAUUUUGGAGGCCAGGCACCACGGUCUUCUUAUGCUUCAAGCAUGCAUGGUGGGGCAGGUGGCAGAGGAGCAAAAAUCUCUGUUUCCUCAGGUAGCUUUCUUUCCUCUGGCUAUGGCAGUGGAAGUGGUUUCGGCAGUGGAGGUGGUUUCGGCAGUGGAGGUGGUUUCGGCAUGGGAGGGGGUGGAGGCUACGGCGGAGGUGAUGGCAUGGACCAUGUUAAUGUCAAUGAGAAGGCCACCAUGCAGAACCUGAACGACCGCCUGGCCUCCUACCUGGAGAAGGUGCACAGCCUUGAGAAGGCCAACUCUGAGCUGGAGCUCAAGAUCCGCCAGUUCCUGGAGAGUAAGAGCUCCCCUGCUUCUCGUGACUACUCUGCUUACGAGGCCACCAUUGCUGACCUGCAUGGAAAGAUCCAGGAUGCCACCCGCAUCAAUGGAGGCAUCUAUCUGUCCAUCGACAAUGCAAAACUGGCAGCAGACGACUUCAGAACCAAGUUUGAGAAUGAGCUAGCCAUGCGUCAAUCAGUAGAGGCAGACAUCGCUGGUCUCAAGAGACUGUUGGAUGAGCUGACACUGGCCAGAUCAGACCUGGAGAUGCAAAUAGAAGGACUCAGGGAGGAGCUGAUCUUCCUCAGAAAGAACCACGAGGAGGAAUUACUCGCAAUGAGAGGCCAGAUGAGUGGACAGAUCCAUGUGGAGGUGGACGCAAAACCGCAGCCAGACCUGGCCAGCAUUAUGGCUGAGAUCCGUGAGCAAUAUGAGGGUGUGGCCGCCAAGAACCAAAGAGAGCUUGAAGUCUGGUUCCAAACAAAGUCAGAGUCGCUGAACCAGGAGGUGGCAUCCACCACAGAAACACUCCAAUCAUUCAAGUCAGAAAUGUCUGAGGUCCGUCGCACAUUGCAGGGCCUGGAGAUCGAGCUACAGUCCCAACUUAGCAUGAAAGCGGCCCUUGAAGGCACUUUAGCUGACACAGAGGGACGGUAUUCCAUGCAGCUUCAGGGCCUCCAGAUGACGGUGACGAGCCUGGAGUCACAGCUGACGCAGCUGCGUGCUGACAUGGAAAGACAGGGCCAAGAAUACCAAAUGCUGCUUGACAUCAAGACACGGCUGGAGAUGGAGAUUGCAGAAUACAGGAGGCUGCUGGACGGAGAGGGCAGUGCGAGCGUCACUGGAAAGAGCUCCUCUUCCAAAGUUGUUGUGAUCACAGAGGAACUGAGGAAUGGCAAGGUGGUGUCCUCCUCUACCACCAGAACCUAAUAAUUUGUCACCUCCUGUCACCUGACGACCACACGUAAACAUAUUAAUUACUCAAGUACUUCCUUCAAAUACACAUUUGAAAGCAAUAAAAAGCUGUGGUUUGCUGAC